ACAUAAUUAAAUAAAGGAUUGAUUUCUAUAAUAGGAUUGAAACCUGAAAGAUUCUCUUUAAUGCUUUUAGUAUGCCAGAAGCAUGGGUGAUGGUGUGGUAAAAAAUGGUGCUUUUAGAUAUGAAGAUGGUACAAAGUAUAUUGGAGAUUGGAAUGGGAAAGGUUUAAAGCAUGGUGCUGGUUCUUUGCUCCUUACUGAUGGAACACGCUACGAUGGUGGUUUUCAAAAUGGAUUAUGCUCUGGUUUGGGAGUAAUAAUCUUUCCAGAUGGAGCAAAGUAUGAAGGUGAAUUUAUGCAAGGAUGGUUUCAUGGCCAUGGGGUGUUUUGGAGAGCAGAUGGAAUGAAAUUUGAAGGAGAAUUUCGUGGAGGCCGUGUAUGGGGUCUAGGACUGAUCACAUAUUCGGAUGGAUCUCAUGGAUUUCCCAGGAACGAAGGUUUCUUUCAAGAUUGUAAAUUGGUACGACGUAAACAUUGUCCAGACAUAGUACAAAAAGCACAGAAGAUAUCUAUGAUGGCUCGUGCUCAAUGCAAUUAAGCAGUAGACAUAAAUGAACAUGAGUAGUUGUGAAUCUUAAUAAAAGUGUUGAACACUAGUUAAUGCUA